AUACAACUUUGACGAGCGCAACCACGACCAUGCUACCGCCCACGCACCAAAUGGCGGGCGUUGACCAGGAGGAGAUGAUAGAACCCAAGCUUAGCUAUACAUGGACAUAUUGGUACGCUAGGUUCACCGAGCUUAACGAAUAUGAAUACCUCCCUUGCCCAGUUGAAACGCAAGGCGCCCACCUCAUCUCCGCUCCAUCAUCCCCGAAUGCGGUAGAGUCUCGCCACGACGCCUCGUCGUUUUGCGUAGAGCUGUCGAACCGCUUACGCCGACUUGUCUUGCGACAGUCGAUACGCGAGAAUAUCUAUGGCGAAGAGUUUGCCAACGAGUGGCCCAUCUCGAGGACACCGCGCGCCUUGGCGAACGAGAUCCGGAUAGCCCGAAGAAAGGCCCGCGACGCGCUGCUGCAUCUGGACUCACCAUCCACGUCAGAUUCUGAGUACGAGCCACCGUGGAGAAGGAGAAUUCGCGAAGUACGAGAAAAGAGGCGCCAGGCCAGGAGACAAGCAAAGGCACAGGCUAAGGCGCAAGUAGAGUCAGAGGUACAACCUCAGGCUCCGGCCAAGGCUUCAGUUCAAGUUCAAGAUCAACCUCAAAUUCCGCCUCAACUUCAGAUCGGAUCUCAACCUCAGGCGCAGCUCUCACCAAAACAUGAUGCUAAAGAUCUUCCAGAGCAGCCGGUUAUUCACGCCAUGAUGGACCUGCCAUGCAAGAAACGCAAAGCACCACCAACACCAAUCACUCCCUCCCCAAAGAAAACCAAAGUAUUAUAAGAGAGCUUACAUUUCCCGUUCUGAUCGCUUGAUCUCUCCCCAAGUCAUUCUUAUAAGCUCUAUAAGAUUGACUUGCGGAGAGAUCAAGCAAUCAAAAUCGUUUUAACAUACCCAGACCAUCGUUAGCGACGAAGUCCAACUUGAUACAAUUUAGCAGGCAGGUACUAUAGAUUUAGACAUUGGGAGCCAGUCAUACGGCUCAAGCAGAUACCCUGGAAACGGCGUUUAAUUUAGUUUAGUUUAGUUCAGUGUGUUCAUUCUUGUUAGUGGGUUGCUAUUCAGCACUCUAAUCUUGUAGCAAUAUGACAGAUUUAU